UGGCAAGGAGUAGGGAAGCGCCAGGAGGCUUUGGGGGUUCUCCCUCUUGGAGAAGGAGGGGAGGGCAGGGCCCAGCGGCAAAAGGAGAGCAAGUGGGGCUGAGGGAGGGAGAGGCCUUGUGGGGCUUUGCAGGUGUCUGGGGUGGAAGGGGACAGGUGAGGUCCAGAGGACACCUGGGGAGGCCCAGGGUGACCUUAGUCAGGCUCUGGCGAGAGGAGGAGCGAGGGAAGGAAGGGGAACUUGUGACUCCGUGGUGGGUGUGGAUGUGUGUGUGAAUUUAGUGAUGCGUGUCUAAACUGGGGGGGGGGGGAAAUAAUCCUACAACAGUAUAGUGGGUGGAAGAAAGAGGAGGGAAAAGAGGAGGAGCAGUUCUCUCCUGUUGUGUGUGUGGAGUAACCUUGCCAUAGCCCUGCUCAGCCUUGAGGAAGGUAGUUGUGGAGAAAGAGGGAGCUGUGUGGAGGAGGGGUUCUAGGAAGGAGACUUCCAGUAGGUGGGGAUUGCUUGUCUCUAGUUUGGGAAGGGGUGGGAGGGGAAUGAGUAGAGGCUAGUUGGAAGGAGAGUGGCUCAAAGAUGGGUGGGGAGGGAGUUGAUAUGGGAGAGCCUGGGGAUGGUGGUGAAGAGGGUGGUGAGACUCUGAAGGUGGCAAUGGGAGCUCCCUUCCAGCAGAAUGGUUGCCUCCCAGGCAAAGAGACUGAGCACAUCAGUUGCUCCACGCCUUUGGUAGCCGAGAGCGAUGUGGAGGUUAGAAGUGGAGUCCCUUCGUUUCCUAAUCUUGAGGACCAUUCUGAGGUGGAAGAGAUGCUCUCCUCCUCUGCAUCAGGCGGGAAGCUGACCCCUCGGCUCUCCAAGCGUCGGCUGGUGGUGCUGGCUAUCUUCAGCUUGUACUCCCUGGUGAACGCCUUCCAGUGGAUCCAAUACAGUAUACUGACAAGUAUCUUUACACAGUACUACAAUGUUUCUAGUUCUCAAAUUGAUUGGCUCUCAGUGGCAUAUAUGGUGGCAUACAUUCCUCUGAUUUUUCCUGCCACAUGGCUGUUGGACAUUCGUGGCCUUCGCCUGACUGCUUUGCUGGGUUCUGGACUCAACUGUUUGGGUGCCUGGAUUAAGUGUACCAGCGUUCAGCGAAACUUAUAUCCAGUCACCUUGCUGGCUCAGAUCAUAUGUUCCAUCGCUCAGGUCUUUAUUUUGGGGCUGCCCUCCCGCAUUGCCUCUGUCUGGUUUGGGCCCAAAGAAGUUUCUACUGCCUGCGCUGUAGCUGUUCUGGGAAAUCAGCUAGGCACAGCAAUUGGCUUCUUAUUGCCACCAGUCUUAGUUCCAAACACAGCCAAUGACAUGGAUCUCAUGGGGUAUAACAUCCGAAAUAUGUUCUAUGGAACAGCAGCAGUAUCCACAUUCUUGUUUAUCCUAGUAGCACUUGUGUUUAAGGAAAAACCUAAGUAUCCUCCAAGUCAGUCCCAAGCAGUUCUCCUGGAUGUAUCUACAGAAGAUUACUCUUAUAAGCAAUCAAUUGUCAACCUGUUCAAAAAUGUUCCUUUUGUUCUUUUGCUGAUAAGUUAUGGAAUCAUGACUGGAGCUUUUUAUUCAGUCUCAACUCUACUAAACCAAAUGAUAGUAUUUCAUUAUGAGGGAGAAGAAGUGAAUGCAGGAAGGAUUGGCCUGACACUUGUGGUAGCUGGAAUGGUGGGCUCAAUUAUUUGUGGCUUAUGGCUGGAUCACACCAAAACAUACAAGCAGACAACAUUAAUUGUGUACAUCCUCUCAUUUGUCGGGAUGGUUGUAUUUACAUUCACCUUGGAUUGUGGACACCUUAUAGUUGUAUUUGUGACGGGUGGAGUGCUUGGCUUCUUUAUGACUGGUUACCUUCCCCUUGGUUUUGAAUAUGCUGUGGAAAUUACAUACCCAGAGUCUGAAGGCACCUCAUCGGGGCUUUUGAAUGCUUCAGCACAGAUAUUUGGGAUCCUCUUUACAUUGAUUCAAGGAAAGCUCACAACAGACUACAACCCCCGUGCAGGAAACAUUUUUCUCUUUGUGUGGAUGUUUAUAGGUAUCAUUUUAACAGCUUUAAUCAAAUCAGAUUUGCGGAGGCACAGUGUGAAUUCAGGGAUAAAUGUUGACAUUAAAUCUAUGUCAGUUGAUUCUCCUAUAGAAGAUGUACUCAAUAAAACUGCACCAAAAAGCCAGUCUGAAACAAACAUUUAAACAGAGGAAUGUUAAAGAUCUUCAGUUGUUGCAUUAUACCAAAUGAAAAUAGUUUGAUCGCAAGACCUAUAUGCCUGAAGGUAGAGCUAUGUGCUAUCAGUGAUAAUACCAUGCAAUUUGCUUAUGAAGUAAAAUGCCCAUACUCCAUUGGUGUCACAUUUUAGUAUUUCAGAGACUAUAUUGGCAGUUUUCAUCAUUUUUUAAAAUUUGCAUGGAUAAAGGAUUUCUAGGAAUCUGUGGACUUUCAAAAAUAUAUGAGAGCAAUUCAGUUUUAUGACACGUCACAGGUUCUGAUUAAAAUAGCACAGCGGUUCUCUUUUCCUCCUCAUAGCCCAAAGAUCUACCUCCUAGCUCUUUGGAGCAGGUUUUUUGGUGCAUGUGAAGGGUCCCACUGAAAGUGUGAAUUACCUCCUUCUCACACUGAUUCUGUUUUUUCUGUGAAAGCAGAUAUCCAGAAUUGAACACAGCCCGUGAAAUGUGUGCACUGAAUAGAUUGUCAUAAAUUAAGGGAGUGGUUUUUUUAACUUGGAUUUUUACUGUAAAUAUUUUAGAAAUAUUAAACUGCCUUUCUGGUGGGGAGGCAUUGCACAACAAACAGUAUAAGAAUUUCAAAUUUUUGAAUGUGUUAUACUGUAAAUUUUAUUUGCCAUUUCUGUUGGCUUUAAAAGGAUCAUGGUUUAUGAAAUUUCUCAAUAUGUGUGAAGGACCUGCAUAAAUAUAUAUUUUCUGGAAAUACUUUAUGGCCUGUUAUUUAAAAGAUAAAGGCUGUAUUGAUUUGUGAACAACAGAAUCUCUAGAUUCUCAUUUAUUCCGACUUCUUUUCCUUUGCAUUCUGAAAAUGCAGACAUACAUAUUUCUGUAGCUUGGGAAUGGCAACAAAGCAUUGCCAAAUCUUUCAAAUGCCCAUGUCCACAGCCGUUCUCCACUUGUUCAUGAAUGUGUGUUAGUGAACAGCACUGUCUUCUUUUAAUAGGCAUUAUCAAGUGAAUUGGCAAUUAAACAAAAAAUUACAAGAGCACACAGUGAGUCUCUGCUAUUUUACCUUGUCACAGAUAUGUGCAGGUUUACAAGAGUAUUGUGCCUUCUAGUGAAUCAUGUAACAGAAGAACAAGGACUCACUUCUAAGAUUUUAUGUACAUUCCCUUUUACAUUUAAGGGAAUAUACCAGUGUGUGUAUAUGUUCUGAUUGGUGGAAGUUUGUCAAUUCUUCUUAUGUGUCUGGAAAUAUUAACAGUGAUGUUCUUCCAUCAUGGUAUCCCUUUAGUUCAAUUUGCAUGGAAGUAAAUAAUGAUUAACAAUUUUUCCUACUUUUAAAAGAAAGCUUAAAGUGAAAGGUCUGUUGCUUUUCCUGAGCUUACUGAUGCUGCUAUUCUCAAUUCUCAAAUCUAUAGGGACAGUUUCUCUUCUAUUUGAUGGGGAAGAUAAAUUUUCUCCUGUGAAUUCUUCUGAUAUAAUAGUAUAAGUGCAUCUAUUCUGCAGCAUCACUAAGCUUAAGAAAAAAGAUAUGAUCCCCCGAAAAUAGACUCAUUAAGCCCAACUGUCUGAAAUGGGAGAAACCUUCAUUUUUAAAAUCAACUUACCUGGCUGGAUUGUAUUCCAUGUUGCUGAGAAAAUUUAGAACAUUUCUGAGACAAUACUUAUUAAAAUAGUGUGUCUGUGUUUACUGAACCUCUCUUAUGUAAGCAGUCUUGUACUCAUACUCUGACUUCUCAGCCUUUCCAGUGGGGCAUGUAAUCUUUUGCUAAGCACAAUUGCCUCCUUUCUCCAUGACCUCAGUGAUAUAGAGAUACUAUUUUUGCCUUGUCCUGUUAUUGUUACACUUGACAUGAACAUCACUUUAGUAGCAAUCAGUAUAUUAACAAUAUGUAUAACUUACUAAAAUGCUACUAGUUUACUAAUCACUAGAACUAGUUACUAGUUCCUCAGUAUACUUCAGGGAUGAUCCCAUGUCAGAAUAUAGUAAGGCUGACAUUUAGACUACAGCACCUGUGUCUGUUAAGCAUUAAAUUCUGGGCUGUACAGAUUCUGAAGAACGGCUUAUCUGAGCACUGUUGUGUUUGAGUAGAAAAAACUGUGUAGGAAGAUAUUUACCCAUACCCUCAAAAACAUGCAAAUGGAAGAUACACAUGUUUACUCAAAGUAAGCUCUAGUGCUGUGACUAGAGCUCUAGAAGGUUCUAUAGAUGCUGUGCUGGUGUUGUAUAGUGAACCUGUGGUAAUGCACAUAACUUCCAGGUUAGGAAAAAAUUACCCUAAUAUAUGAGCAUAUUCAUAUUUUAAAUUUGUCUCCUGGCUUUUAUUUUUUAGGAGUAUGUGGUUAGCUUCAUUGAUCUGAGGCAUAGUCAGUGCUUAACAGUGCACUGUCUUCUUUUAAUAGGCAUUAUCAAAAUGAAGCUAUUUUCAUCCAUUGUCUGUUCUAUGUACAACUGGAUGACAAGCUAAAAAAAGGCCUCCCCCAAAUCUGGUUUUGCAAAGAUAGGUUCAAUAUUUUUCUGAACAUGAUUGCUCUUGAACACAGGAGGGACAGCUUGCAUCCACAAUGAUGUAGCAUUAAAAAGGCCGGUAUACUCCACACUUUUUCUUAGCUUUAGUAUGGACUUUAGGGCUAAAGAGAUGCUAGUUUCUUUCUUUGCAGCAUUCAGUUCAUAAUUUAGAAACCUUAAUCCUUUUAAGUCCCUUUUUUGUGUCUUUUGCUAAAGUACAAAGUUACUCUUUACAAAUUGCAAACUCGAAAUACAUUUGACAUGCCAGAGGGCCCACUGAGCUUUUGAAAACAAAGCAUUCAUGUAAUGAGGGCUUAAUUGCAGCUAAAAUGGAUUGAUCCUGAAGCAAGGCCAUGCACGCUCUUAACCUGAACUUGGCAAAUUGUUUUUCUGGUCAAAUCAAAUGUAAAAUAUGGGGGAAUGCUUGCAAGUUCAAAUUAAUGAAAUAUCUUAUUUUUUAAAUAAUAUAGGUUCAUGAUCAUUUUAUUGGUUGGCUAACGUAGCUUCCUCAAUAUGUGUUAAUUUGUAUGUGCUGAAUUGAGUUAGUUCAACAGAACAGGUUGUCCAAAUCUUCUUACUGAGGAUUAGGAACUGAUACAUUUUGUCAGUGGUGGAGACUCAUCUUUGUUCCCUACUUUAGUAGUAUCGAACUUUCUCAGGUUGACAAAUUAUCAUACAACUCAAUGUGGCCCUCAAUUUGGCUCCCCUCCCCAAAAAUGGCCACUUGUACCCCAGAAACCUCUAGAGGUGGUAAUUGGCAGUAUAGACAUCUGCUUUAGUGGGGAAACUACCAUUCAGUUUCUUCCUGUUUUGAAAAAGCCUCCAUGGAUCUAAAGGAGGAAGAAGAAUGACCUGGAAUGGUCACUUGUCCUCCCUGGAGGCACAGUCUGCCAUUCUAUCGUUGGGAAAGCUGCAGGUCAGCUUGCCCCAAAAUAGCAGGUGUGAGGGAGUGUAGUCUUGGGAGAAGAGUGGAAGCUGAUCCUGACUCUUAGAAGUUGCCUACUCAUAGUUUAAAUUGUGAGUGGGUUGAUAUGUUAUAUUCUCAAAAAGUGAACAUACAUAACUUUUAAUGGUUUUAAACUAUUGCAUAAUUUUAAAAUAUGCAAUGCCAUCCAUAUUAUGGAGCUUCAGUGAGCUGAAUGUUUCGCCUGUGUAACUUCAUUUGUGUGUUUUUGGACCAAUGUUGAUUGUUCUAAAUCAAUGGCCCCCAAACUGUGCCUGAUUUUGGACUUGGGCUCCCAGAAUCCCACACUAUUAGCCAACAUGGCUGAGGCUUCUGGGAACUGAAGUCCAAAAUCUCUUAAAGGGUACAGUUUGGGUACUGCUGCUCUACAUCAUCAAAACAAACAAACAAACCUUGAUACUGGUUCUAGUGCUCUUUGCAAAUGUUCACUAUUACAGUAUUUUCUCCCAAGUCAACCAAAUUUUCGAGCAAAUGUGUAAUGUGUUUGCAUAUCUGGUGAGACAGAACUGCCUUUGCAAAAGUCUGCCAUAGUACCUUCAAAUUUGGCAGUAUGUCUAGAAUUUAUGCAGCUCAGUAUUCUUUACAAUCUUGUAAGACAUGCUCAUGUUUAAAAAUUGUGUGUUCUGAAAUGCACAUUUUUCUCUAUUAUAAAAAUAUAAGUGUCUCCUCCAUUAAUGCCAACUUUUAUGCCAACCAUAAGAUGAGUAUUAUUGCAUUUUUCUUUGCUAACUCUCAGAAAGAAUAAAAAAGUUGAAGUCAUUUUAAAGGUAAAUAGUGGCACUGCUGAAUCCAGAAACCAGGUCCUCAAGACCUAUAGACCAAAGGUGAAAGGGGUGAGAAUGUCAUCCUCCAGAUGUUGCUAGAUUAUAAAUCCUAUCAUUCUUUAAUACUGUCUCUGCUGGUUUUUGGUGGUUGAAAUUUGCAGUCUGACAACUAGAGGACUGCAUAAUUCUAACCCUGGUGUAAACAAAUGUUUCAGCCUUGUAACUAGUCCGAGAAAGACUAUCUCUAUGGCCCAUUGAUUACUCAGCUUCAUUUUGAGACUGCUUGGCUCAUGCUAUGUUAUCUUGUUUGCCAUACCAAUGUUAUUGACCUGUGGUACAGAUGUCUUUCCAAAUGUUUAUGUAUCUGUCUACUUGAUCUCAAUAACUCUUUAGCAUUCUGACAGCAAAAUGGACCACCUAUCUGCCAGCUGUGCAACAUCAGAAAGACAGAUUUAACCAAAUCUGAACCUUAAGUUCUCACAACAUGUUUACCAGUGUAUUUAAUGGAGUCAGAUGUAAGUAAUACAAUCCUGGAGUGUCUUAAAAUAGUUGCCUCAAUUCAAGUUUGUAAACUCAGUGUCAGUUGUUGUAGCCAGCUAUCUAUGUCAUAAUUUUGACUUUCUGAAAGUAGAAAUGAUGAAAUUUUCUGUGCUCCUUGUGGGCCAUAUGGGUGUAAAUGGGAGAACACGAAUAUUGAAAUGACUGUAAACUGGGCAAACAAAAUGGAACCCUCCAAAUGUUAUACUGUAACACCAAGUAUCCAUCACCAUUGCAUAUGCUGACUAGGAGCCAAGGGAUGAUGGUCAUUGCAGUCUAACAAUUUUAGAGAGUUGAAUUUUGGCCACUCCUGAUAUGUACAAUACCUCUGUCAAUGGGUGCUGUGUGUCACCAAUUAUUCUAAGUUCAGUGACUUUUUAAAAAAGAGGGCCCAUAUUCUCACUGCUGCUGUCAUAUGUCUGCUGGACGUAUUUGCCACAAUCACUGUGAUAUUGUAAAAUUUGCUAUAAAAAGUUGAUUUUUUAAAAAAAUACUUUUUUGAUACUCUUUUUUUGUUAGCUAUCCAUAUUGCAUUCAAAAGUUUUGCUCAUUUUCUGUGUCAUUCAGCAGUAUCUGUCUGCUAUUUUCAAGGCAUAAAAAUGACCUGGGACCCAUGCAUACUAUACAAUUAUAGCACUAUCUUCCAUUUUAACUCUCAUGGCAACUUCCCAUGGAAUCUUGGGAUAUGCAGUUUAGUGGGAGCAUAUAAAAUUUUCAGAGAGUUCUAGUGCCUGACUGAAGCACAAGUUCCAGGAUUCCAUUGGAUUUUUUCCAUUACAGUAAACAGUUGCAUUAUGGUGCUAUAUUUGUAGUGUAAAAGGGCCCCUGGUUUCUGGAUGGUACCAAACAACACUAUGUACCAACUGUCCAUACCGUGGUCUCGUUUUCAGAUCUGUCAAGUCCUGUGCUAUAAAUAUUUCCAGAAAGACUAAAUACUAGACCAAACCAUUAAGGCUAGGGUCCCGCGUGAAGAUGUAACUAGUGCUUUGGAUUUGGUCUAUUUGUUGCAGAUUCUUUCUCUGUCUAUUUGCCAGUAUGGAUGUAGUUUUGGAGAAGUCUCAGUAUAAAAAGGGUCAAGUGGUAGUCCGCAGAGCUGUGGUGAGAACUGUAAGACUAUGAAAUACUUUCCCCACUGCAAGCGUUCCCACUGAUUAUUGUCACAAAAAAUAAAUACAGUCCCUCUUCCUAACUAACUUUUCAUCUAGUUAAUAAUGGAAUAUGGAAUAUUAUAUCUGUUUCGUAUGAAAGAUUAAUACAUGUUUAAUUAUAGUGUAAGAUAAAAGGAUUGACUGCCUCAAACAAUACCUAUACCGUGGCUGUCUUAAUGCAUGAGUAUGAUAUAAUCUGAUGUUUAGAAAUACAUCAAGGGUGCCAGCAAUUGACAAAUUUAAAGUCUAGUUCUUUGCCAGAAAACAGAAUAUAAAUUUUUACCUAUUUAGAUAUAAUAGUGGCAGAAAAGAAGGCUUUAAUAUCAGUCAGUAGCCUGCAUUUAGGACAGUCCUCCAAAGUUAAAUUUGCAUUUGUAAUAAUGAUCAAGUAAUGAAGAUUAGGGUUAUCCUGUAAUGGGGUCUUAGGCAGCAGUCCUUUAUAGCUAGGCCAGUGUCUGAGGGGCUAUAGGAAGGAGCAAAAAUGACUCUCUAAAGUUUUCAGUGGCGCUCCAACCUCAGAGCUUAGAUGCUUCUUUUCAACAAGUCUUUGGUUCUCAGCCAACCUCCUCUCCCUAUUAGAAUUCCAGCCUUCAAGCAAGGAGGAAAAGGCAUAUUGUGUUGGUGGGAGACUAUAUGAAACUGCUGAAACCACAGUCUUCUCAGGUUCCAGCUAUGCCCUCAAAAUAGAAUAGGUGGAAUGUAGUUUACCCCCCAAAUUUCGGGGGUGGGAGCAAAAUUAUAUUUAAAAACAAAAUAAAAAUAGUCCUGUGGAGGGACAGGGCUAUUAAUGAAUGGCUCCUUCAUUUAGUUAAUUUUUUACCUUAGUGGCAAAAGCUUGUAGGGCUUUUAGGGCCCAUACAGACAGGCCAAAAUAAAGCUGCUUCGGGUCACUUUGGAGGUAUGC